AUGAUACCAUCCCUCAAUCUUGCGCAACGCGCCCCUAUUUAUGUGCCUUCGCACUCGGCGUAUCGAGCCUUUCCCACCCGGCUCCACCAUGUCGAGGCUUCCAACGACCGUCAUGGGCCGAGCUACGAGCCCAAGGAGCAGCAGAACUCUGAUGUGCAGCAAUCAAGUGUAAACCACGAUGAGAAUACAGUAGAUGACCAGCCGACUGGGAUACAGCUGCUGUCAGGCACACAACAUGCUCCAGCACCGCCGCUGAUGCGCAAUACCGCGCCUCUAGGACACUUCGAUAUGCUUCCUCCACCAAAUUCCACGCAUACCUCCUGGCAAGCACUCCAUGACUAUGCCCAGUCCCACGCCUCAGAGCACGGCUACGCCCUCUCCAUAAAUACUACGGCCAAGAAUCGCUCCCGUAUCAAGCUCGCUUGCGUUUGCUACGGACAGCCCAAAAAUACACACAAGCUCACGCCCGAGACGCGUGUGAGAAAGAACAGGGUCAGCUAUAAAACGGGAUGUAAGAUGUGGAUAGAGGGCAAAAGAAAUGACGAUGAGACAUGGAUAUUGAGGGUGGGAGAGCCGGGGCAUAACCACUCUGGGAGGGCAAGCGAAGGGUGGGCGGUGCAGAGGAAGCGGACCUGGGGUGUUGUCGGGGGGAGGAUUGGGGUUGGGGGUGUUACAGCGAAAGAGGAGUUGGCUAGGAGGGCUGUCUCCGAUACCAAGGGCGUUAGAGAUGAGUGUGUCGACGAGGACGAGGGUAACGAUCUAGAGUCUGGUCAGCAGGGCGAGCCGAGUCACAGUCUCGAGCGCGGUGGCCUAGUGUGGGACAUUGUCGAGCAAGAAAUGCUGCGAAAGGGCGAGCCGAAUCAGGGACGCGAUCGAGGUGUGGGUCGGACAGUCGAAGUACUUCAGGCACGAUUACCAGGCAUACACAUCUUCAAGCGUGAUGUGUACAAUAUUCGGGCGCAGAUCAAGAGAGCGAGGAAAGCAGCGGGCCAGAAAGCAGGGGACAGCCUCCAUGAAAAUGACGAUGAAGGGACUGAGGCUGGGGCAGAGGACAAUGUCGAUGUCGAAUCUCCUGAGAUACAACAACACCCAAAGGCACCCAGCCAGCCCGAUCAGGCUAAUCGGCGACGUUCAGAGCCUAUUGCCACAACCCACAACAAUCUACAGGUUGACCCUUUGCUCAGCACACGAUUCAGCAUAGACGCUGCAUCUACGUCGGCUCAAACACAACCAGGCGAAUACGAAGUCGGACAACUGAGGCAGGAGAAUGCAGAAUUGAAAAGAGCACUGAGUGAGAGAACAAAGGACCUACAGGAGAAAACCAUGGAGAUUGCAAGAUUACGCUCGCAAGUCGAGUACAUGACGAAUAUGGUAUUGUCAAGAUGA